GCUGCUCCCCCAGGCCAGCCGGGGAGGAGGAGGACCACAGUGACUGAAAGCAGCAGCUGGGGGAGAGGGCUCCAGCUGAUCUGAUUUCCUCCCUCCCACCCCAUCCCCCAGUUAGAGGAGAAUGGAGCUCGGGUAAUCAGGGCUGGCAGGAGGUGCAGCAGGAGCAGUUUACAGGGUAGACAGGACUGGAACUAUUUCUGCAGCUUCUGGGAGCCUGAUGCUAAGCAAUGUGACAACAUAAAUCUGAAAACAUUAUUACUGUUGGAAACAACUGGAAAAAUUUCUCAGGGGACAUAUUUUCACUUAUUCACACCUUCUACUGUGGCAAAAAUGGACUAUUUUCCUCACCGAAAACCAGCAGUAUAAUGCCCAUCUGAUACAUGCCUCAAGGAACUCUUAUUUAAAAUCUGUUGAAAAUGGAUGUCUUGUAGCCUACCAACAAAUCCUGCUACUGCUGCAUGUGUGGCAGCAGUUCUACAUGAUCACAUGACUCUUGAUAUGGACGCGGUCCUGUCAGACUUUGUUCGGUCCACAGGGGCAGAACCAGGUCUGGCAAGAGACCUGCUGGAAGGCAAAAACUGGGAUUUGACCGCUGCUCUGAGUGACUAUGAGCAGCUCCGACAGGUACACACAGCCAACCUGCCACAGGUGUUUAAUGAAGGGAAGUACUACAAGCAGCAGGAAAGAGACCCACCCCAACAGGUGAACAAGACUGAACGACCAAGUCUGCAGAGACAGGAUGACAUUGCUCAAGAAAAACGACUCUCCAGAGGUAUUUCUCAUGCCAGCUCAGCCAUUGUCUCCCUUGCUCGAUCACAUGUAGCAAAUGAAUGCAGCAAUGAACAGUUUCCUUUGGAGAUGCCUAUAUACACAUUCCAGCUGCCAGAUCUUAGUGUGUAUAGUGAAGAUUUCAGAAGCUUCAUUGAACGUGACUUAAUCGAACAGGCAACAAUGGUUGCUUUGGAACAAGCAGGUCGACUGAACUGGUGGUCCACAGUGUGUACAAGUUGCAAACGUCUUCUUCCAUUGGCUACAACAGGUGAUGGAAACUGCCUCUUACAUGCUGCCUCAUUAGGGAUGUGGGGAUUUCAUGACAGGGAUCUUGUGUUACGGAAAGCACUCUACACCAUGAUGAGAAGUGGAGCUGAAAGGGAAGCAUUGAAGAGAAGAUGGAGAUGGCAACAGACACAACAGAAUAAAGAGUCGGGUUUAGUUUAUACAGAAGAAGAGUGGGAACGGGAAUGGAAUGAACUGCUUAAGCUGGCUUCAAGUGAACCUCGCACUCAUUUUGGCAAAAAUGGAGGCACUGGUGGUGGAGUUGAUAAUUCAGAAGAUCCAGUGUAUGAGAGUUUAGAAGAGUUCCACGUUUUUGUCUUAGCACAUAUAUUGAGAAGACCAAUUGUUGUUGUAGCAGACACAAUGUUAAGAGACUCAGGGGGAGAAGCAUUUGCACCUAUCCCAUUUGGAGGAAUUUACUUGCCAUUGGAAGUUCCACCUAACCGAUGUCACUGCUCACCUCUUGUCCUGGCUUACGAUCAAGCGCAUUUCUCUGCUCUUGUAUCCAUGGAACAAAAAGAUCAACAGAGAGAACAAGCGGUGAUCCCUCUGACUGACUCUGAACACAAGUUACUGCCUUUGCACUUUGCGGUUGAUCCUGGGAAAGACUGGGAGUGGGGGAAAGAUGACAAUGAUAACACCAGACUGGCCAGCUUGAUUCUGUCUCUGGAGGCAAAGCUUAAUCUCCUGCACAGCUACAUGAAUGUAACUUGGAUACGCAUACCAUCUGAAACACGGGCCCCUUUGGCCCAGCCAGAAUCGCCCACCGCUUCAGCAGGGGAGGAUGUUCAGUCUCUGGCCGACUCAAUGGACUCAGACCGAGAUUCCAUCUGUAGUAAUUCAAAUGGCAGCAAUGGCAAAAAUGGUAAAGAAAAGGAAAAAGACAAACAGAGGAAAGAUAAAGACAAAAACAGGACGGAUUCAGUUGCCAAUAAACUUGGAAGCCUCAGUAAAACUCUAGGAAUUAAGCUGAAAAAGAAUAUGGGUGGGCUGGGAGGGCUAGUGCAUGGGAAAAUGAGCAGAGCAAACUCAGGGAAUGGGAAGAAUGGCGACAUCACAGAAAAAGUCAAAGAGAAGAAGUCGAAGUCUCGCAAAGGGAGCAAAGAGGAGUCCGGACAGUCUGCGAGCACGUCUCCAUCUGAAAAGACAACUCCCUCUCCUACUGACAAGGCGAGCAUUUCACCUGCCGAAAAGAUAAACACAAAAUCCCUCUCUGACAAACAGUCUGACCCGUGGAAAUACAGCACUGAUGUAAAGCUCAGCCUCAACAUUUUGAGAGCUGCCAUGCAAGGAGAACGCAAGUUUAUUUUUGCUGGCCUUCUUCUGACUAGCCAUAGGCAUCAGUUCCAUGAGGAGAUGAUCGGCUAUUACCUGACCAGUGCCCAAGAGCGCUUCAAUGCCGAGCAGGAACAGAAGCGAAAGGAGGCUGAGAAAAAAGCUGUUCUCAAUGGGUCAUCUUGCAGGAAACUGGAGCAAGAAGCAUAUUCAAAAGAAAAGUUAGAAUCAUCUCCUCAGGACAGGGCAUCACCAGUCUUGCCUCAAAGCCAUACAACUCAACUGGUUUUAAAAUUUAAAGAUCGCACUAGUCCCACUCCAGGGUCAUUUUCUUCACCAAGUAAUAGUGCUAAGAAAAGUGGACCCGUUCCGGUAUCUGCCCACUAUAGCCAUACUCCACCUGUUCAAAGGCAAAGCGUUAUUCAUUUGCAUGAUGUCAACUCCAAGCCAUCAAGCUUCCAAGAUGAUAGCUAUAAGCCAGUGGUUGGCACCUUAAAAACAUGUGCCACUUAUCCCCAACAAAAUCGAUCACUGUCUUCACAGAGUUAUAGCCCAGCGCGGAUAUCAGGUAUCCGUACAGUGAACACAGUGGAAUCACUGACCUACGCCAUGCCUACCGACCACAAGUCACAGACAUUUACAAAUGGGUUUAAUACCGGUGAUAUUAGAAAUUGCUUAGAAUAUGCUGAUGAGGAGGCUCCUCAGACCUGGUUGAACAAUGAUAAAAACCGAGGCAGAAGCACAGUUUCCCCAAUAUAUUCCAUCCAGCAGAACCGUUGCAAGAAAGAGAACUGUUCCUUUUAUGGUCGUCCUGAGACUGAAAAUUACUGCUCAUACUGCUACAAAGAGGAGUUAAAGCGUAGGGAGAGAGAAAGUAAAGGACACCGGCAUUGAGGAUUGUGAGGAUCCUUCCCUGACUACUUAGGUUAAACAUUUUCUUACUUGCAAAGUAAAUAGCAAUGGAUUAUGGAAAAAGGAAUCCUGAAAAGGGAAUGAUGGGUAAAUAAUGUCUAGCUUGUCACUUUUCUGGGACAGUGCAGAAAUAAGAGGAUUAAUUUAUCAUAAAGAAUUUAUUAUUUUC